AUGGCACGUUCAAAAUUAGGUCUUCCGUCUAAAUCAAUGUGUGGGAAAAGGAUUAAAACAUACACACGCCUACUCACACCCAGCAGAAGAUUCAGAAGUGUUAGCAUAGCUCUUACGUUCACUUGCAUCUUGAGCGUUAUUCUUCUGAGUCAAACACCGGUUGCUAACUGGCAAUUACCGAAGCGAGUGCAAUUAUUUGAUCUCAAAAAGGGAUAUCGUUUUGUAACUGAUAAAACAUCGACAUUGACGAAUAGUACCACAGCAGUUACCCCUGUACAGAAAGAUAAGACACUUAGACGACUGUUUGACAACAGAGUAAUAGUUGAGGGCUAUAAGUCCAAUGAGAGUCAUCCGUAUUUACGCAAAUUGCUGAUUUCCAGUGAAUAUGUUUGUAGGGGAAAAUCGGUGGACUUGCUAAUAUAUUUUUUAAGUGCUUGUAACAAUUUUCAUAAGCGAAGACUUCUGCGAGAAACAUGGGCCAGUGUAAAUACGUUUCACAAUUUGACAGUCAAGACCGUCUUCUUUUUGGGAAAGCCAAACUCUGCAAGUGAUCAGAACAAGAUUCGAAUUGAGGCGGCGGCAUACGGUGAUAUAGUCCAAGGAGAUUUUAUAGACAGUUUCCAAAAUCUGUCAAUGAAAGCUCUGACGUGUUUAAAAUGGAUCAAUGAUUACUGUAUACAUGCAAAAUACGUCAUCAAAGCCGAUGAUGAUAUCUUUGUCAAUGUGUUCAAAGUAGUUGAAGAUAUUCUUCCAAUGUUAUCAUCCAAAAAUGCCACAGUUGCGUGUCAUUUUAAGCAAAAAGGAACAAGCGUGAUUAUUAGAAAUAAAACAAGUAAAUGGUUCGUGCCAAAAGAUAUUUUUCCUGGUCAGAAACACUUUCCAUCUUUCUGCACUGGAUAUGCGGUAAUCUUCACAAUUGACGUCAUACCGAAGAUGUACGAAGCAUCAUUCAGGGCUCCGUUUAUCCCCAUCGAUGACAUCUACAUAUUCGGUGUCUUGCCUCAGUUCUUUAAAUCCUUACAAUACAUUGACAUAAAGCAUAACUGUACUCUAAAUAAGGAAGUAGCGCUGAAACAAUACCAACAUCCAGAAACGGCGAUCACGUAUGUUGUGGCAAACGCCUGGGAAGAUGGCAACAUGCACGCCUAUUGGCUUGCAGCAGUGUCUAAACUGUCUUCUUGGGCGACCAGACAGUCCAGGUUAACACACUUGAGGCAAAAUAAAUGUAAAAUUACAAUGUGUUAA